AUGGGACUUGAUUAUGCAGACGUUGCGCGGCCUCUGGUUGAUCUUACACGUAAAGACGUUAGUUUCAAAUGGACAGAACUUCACAAAAAGGCGGUGCGGCAGCUCAAACAGCGCUUAAUCGAUUUCACAGCAUUACAAGUUCCCGACACCAAGAAGCCUUUCGACUUAUACACGAAUGCCUCUGGUUAUGCGAUCGGAACGGUUCUAGAGCAAGUAGGCAAGCCCAUCGGUUUCCUCAGCCAAGUUAUGAACCAGACACAACAGAAGUACUCGAUCUACGAUCAAGAAUUCUUGGCGUUGGUCACGGCCCUGGACAAGUGGUCUCAUUUGCUCCGUGUCACCAAAGUUACAGCUCAUACAAAUCACCAAGCCCUUACGCAUCUUCAGCAACUCCAAGCAUCGAAGCCUUUGCGCGGACGCACCACUCGGUGGUUAGACUUCCUGGCCGAGUUCCCGGAUUUGCGCAUUACUUAUGUUCAAGGAACGCGAAAUCAGGGAGACUACAACGGCGCCUCAUAUCAUGUGCGCCUCUCCUUCGUUUUAGCGAUGUCUUUCAUGUCUAUGUCUGCGGCAAUUCUGCCUGUUUCCAUGACUAAAUGGAAUCUUAUUGGCGCAUGUUUCUUGUCUCGGAAGAGAUUCCUUGGUCGUAAUGGCAAACGAGCCCGCACCUCGAAUCCAUACAUUGUUGUGGCAGCAUAG